AAGAGUUCAGCCUCCUGCCACGUAGCCGCGACUUCCUUGGAUGUACAGACUUCAGGGAAAGAAGCUUCCAAGGAACUUUCCAAGAGCAAAAGGCAGAUGAAAAACUGAGUUGCAGAUGCAACAGUAGCGUUUCCAUUUUAAACAAAGACUAUAUGAACCGCGUAAAAUCAAUGUACGCCAGUUUAUAUCGGGAUAAAACAUCUCGCCUGAGGGAUGUUAACCGGUCAAGAGGUUAUGUUCCCGAACGAGACAGACUUGCUGCGUAUUUGAUGAUCCAGCAUCUUUAAAUUCUGAUAAAAAUGGGUUGUUCUGUCCUGGUGCUCACUAUCAUCGCGUCCACUCUUGGUGGCCUAGUGUUCGGCUAUGAGCUGGGAAUAAUAUCCGGUGCUCUGCCGCAGCUCCAAGCUCACUUCUCUCUGGGUUGUAUCCGGCAGGAAGCUGUGGUUAGCGCUCUUCUGAUCGGAUCAUUGUUAGCGUCUGUGAUUGGUGGCUGGCUGAUUGACCGUCAUGGCAGGAGAGCAUCCAUUUUAUUGAGUAAUCUCCUCAUUCUGGGAGGCACCGUUAUCCUAACAGCAAGCAUGUCUUUUUUGGCAUUGGCGGUUGGUAGGGCCAUCAUUGGUUUUGCAAUGAGCAUUUCCUCCAUGAGCUGCUGCAUCUUUGUCUCUGAGAUGGUCGCUCCCAGUCGCAGAGGGUUGAUGGUGACCCUAUAUGAAGUUGGAAUUACUGUUGGGAUCUUGUUGGCUUAUGCGGUCAACUACAUCUUAUCUGGUGUCCAAGCAGGAUGGAGGUACAUGUUUGGAUUUGCUAUUGUACCGUCCCUCAUGCAGUUGGUGUCCAUUGGGUUUCUACCUCAGCAAACCUCUGAAGGCCUCAUAACAGAAGAUGAUAACCAGCAGUCUGACAGUUUAGCAGGGGAAACGUUGAAUCGCCACCAGGCAGAACAUGUGAAAUAUAGCAUCUUUGACCUUUUCAGAACCAAAGACAACAUGCGCAGAAGGACUGCCAUUGGCCUCGGGCUGGUGCUCGGUCAACAAUUCACAGGCCAGCCAAACGUCCUCUUCUACGCUUCCACCAUCCUUUUCUCAGUGGGAUUUCAGAGCAAUGCGUCUGCAGUUCUUGCGUCAGUGGGUCUGGGUUUAGUCAAAGUCAUUGCUACUCUACUGGCAAUGGUAUGUUCAGACAAGGUUGGCCGAAGAUCACUUCUGAUUGGUGGAUGCACUGUGCUGGCUGUAGGAUUGAUACUUACUGGUUUCUUGUGUGGACAGUCAAUGAUUGAUACAACAAAACAAUGCACUUCAUUGGAGCCACAUGUAAAUCUGACCUCACCAGCUGAAAAUCAAGAAAACGCAGGCAACAACUCUGUAAAUCAAAGCACUCCAUCUACUGGAAAUGAAACGCAUGAUGCUCAUGGACUUUCAAAUAAUUUCUCACACUCAGAGGAUAUGUAUAAGUGGAUAAUUUUCAUCUGCAUGAUGGCUGUUGUGAGUGCUUUCUCAGUGAGCUUUGGACCAAUGACAUGGCUUGUGCUAAGUGAGAUAUUUCCAAAGGAAGUCAGAGGAAGAGCCUAUUCAUUCAUCAACUGCUUCAAUGUGGGGGCCAACCUCAUAGUUACCUUUUCUUUCUUGAGUAUAAUAGAUGUGAUAGGUCUGUCUGGAAUAUUCUUUGUGUAUGGAGUUAUUGGAAUGGCAGCAGUUGUAUUCAUCUACCUUGUACUACCAGAGACCAAAGGAAAAUCUCUUCAUAAAAUUGACAGAGAGCUCUCUCAGACACGAUUUUUUCACAGAGAAGAAGCCUGCAAUAUUUUCCAAAGAAGGUAUUUCUCUCCAGGUUAUCAGAGAGUUCACUUGAUGAGUACAACAACAUGACAUGAGGUGGAAAGUUAUGAAACUCCUGUGUUUCUGUUCACUGGAUGAUAUUAAAUGUAUUGCUCAACGUUUUAAUGAUAAUUAAUAGUUUUACCUUUUGUAGUAACUAUUGCACUUUGGUUCACAUGUUAGCAAUUAGUGAUAAAUCUUUGUGAAUUCACAGUAUACUUUUGUAAUUAGAAUUUUAAAUAAAGAUAAAUGACCCCUACUUUA